AUGGCAGCACCUUUUUCACCUGGCGCAACUUUUGUGGCGGAGAUCUUGUCCGGUGCCAUCCAGCCCAAUGUUCAAGUUCAUUCGGGUGCAACAGAGAAGGUAGGAGACCACAACCAGGCGGCCAUCGACGGUUUACUCGGCAUGUACUCUGAGGGAAAGAAGGACGCUACUCUGCAAGCGCCUCCUGCGUUGACCUCAUCUCACGCCAUGGAGGAACCACAGUCCAUGUUCGCAACAUCAGCAGAUCAACCUACGGGUUCGGACAACGACUUCCAGUCAACCGGCGUCGAUUUCCUUCAGUUGCAGCCGUGGCCGCAAGCACACAGCCAUCAGCAUCGAACACCUCACUCAAGUAUCGGCAUGAGUGGGCUGCUUCUGGAACGUUACUCGCAAAAUUCUGCUCCUGCGACAAUGCAAUCAAGUCAGCCAUACCCGGAACUGCACCGGCAGAUACAGCAGCUGCAAGCAGAUGUUGCACGUUUGAGGCCCCUGGAAGCAGAGAAUGCGCGACUGAGACGCGUGGAAGCAGAGAAUGCGCGACUGAGGACUCUGGAAGCAGACAACGAGAGACUACGGAACCACAUCAAAUCUAUUUCAAGUCACUUGCCGCUAGCAGUCUCUGCAGUCCCCAAUGCGUCUGCUUCCAAGUCUACUGAAGGCGUGACUGCUGGUUCUGACGCGGAAGACGCUGAGGCGGACUCUGCGGCUGUCCAGAAGGAUCCUGGCAAGGAAGUUCCAACGUCUUCUACUCAGUACGUCCUCCUCCGGGAAGCCGACAUUUCGAAGAUAGUCUCAGCUACGGUUGAAGAACUGAAGAAGACGAUCUCAGCGGAGUUUGACGCACGUCAGAGAACUUCUCAAGCAACGUUUGAGGCCUAUCAGAAGAAUCUCGAAACACAACGUGAGAGCGAGAAGGAGGACGCCCAAGCGGUACGGAAGGCAUGGGAGAUCCGUCUCGACACCCAAGGCGAAUUGACCGACGCAAUCAGAAAUAGCAUGGUAAAGCACCGUGAUCAGCUUGCCCGUCUGGAAGGGGAGGUCAACCAUAACUCCGCAUUGCACACUGCAGGCUGGGUCAAGCCCGCGGACGACAAAAGUCUGCGGACUAAGCUUAAAGCUCGACUGCCUGGAUCACGGAGAGACGCAUCCAACGAACAGCCAUCAAGUCACCCGCAGCCCAUCGGCACCGCACUGGCUCCGAAGAAUCAGAUGCCAAAUCCUGACAAGCGCCCGGCUGCCGACAGCCCAACGGACUCCCGGGAGAAGUCGGCUUCGAAACGCAAGAAAAUCAAGCUGACUUCUGCCAGCCUUGCUGCGAUGGUCGCCAACACCGCCGAAGGAGCCAAGGAGAAGGUCAAAGCAAGAUUUCGACCUGGCCGUCCGCGUUAUGAACCGCGCGAUGCGCACCCUCAGCGCGGCAACUUACGUGAAUUGGUUGACUACAUGAUUUCGACUGAACCUAGAGUCGACACUCGAGAUGUUCAUCAACAUACUCGUCCACCCGCUACAGGCGACCGAAACAUGCAGCAACCACGUGUUGCAGCUGGUGCCAGCGACGGUCAGCUCGGACGUCCUCUGCAAGCGGAAGCCGACGAGGCCGCUGGCAGUGUUGCGCAGCCAGCAGGGUUGAAUAACGGUGGAGGACUCCAGGCAUCAUCGAACCCACGACCCCUUUCAGGAUUCAAGGCUCGACCUGCUUAUCAAGGCAACUCACUUCAGGGUUUCGAGGAGAGAAUGCACUCAUAUGUUCCGGAUCAGGAGGAGGCCAAGGAAGAGGGUCGGGAGAAGAAGCCAUCCGAAAGCGCUGAGUCGGGACGUCCUUGGAGCGAACAACCAGCCACGCCUCCAAGAGAAGCUCCAGACAAGAAUUUGAACGCAUAA